UUAAAAUAUAAUAUUAUGAGAGUAAAGAAAGACAGUUCGGUUUCGGAUCAUGGAUCAAUUCUAUAUGCUUGGGACACUGCAGCUAGAAAGUACUUCGAGCACUUUGAUAUUCAAAUUAAAAACUAUAAAAUCGGACUACAGAAAAACUUUUUAAACCCCUUGACUUCAUUCAAAGAUGUUGCUCUAUAUCAUCAAACAUUCAAGAUGAUUGAUACACUUGUACAAAGACAAAUCCUUGGAGAUAUCUCUAAGCAAGAAGUAAAAGACGUAAACCAGUCUAUGGGAAGCCGUUAUUGCUUCACCAAGAGUAGAGCUCAGCCAGCUACAAUGUUUGCUUGGGACACUAAAACUCUCUCAGCCUUCUGGGGAUUCAGUGCUUUCUACGCAUUGUAUGGAAAAUUUGUAAAGAGAUACAGUAUUGUGUGGCUCAUUAUGCCAUUUGCUCCAACAUGGUUAUAUAUUUUCUACAACUACAUGAACCAACCUCAGCAAGAUCUUGAAAAUGCUUAUCAAUUCAUUUUGACAAAGAGAGCUGCUACUGCUGAAUAUCAAAAGAAUAAGGCUAAGGUUGAGUCUGUUUUGAACAAAUUCCCAACAGAAAAGACCGAGCUUACGAAUUACCUCAAAUCUCAUGAUAUGACCCUCUACGAACUGGAAGCUGAAGUGUAUGAUAAGGUUGCAAGAGGAGCUCUAAGAUAAUCAACUAUUAUUAUUCAACUUAGCUG